AUCGGUCGAAAACUCGCGAAAACAAAGUGAAUUAACGCAAAUUCUCAUGAAUUAACUGCUCAAAAUGCCCAAAACGAGCAGCAACAACGUUGCCGACGACGACAUUACUCGUCUCAUGGACAAAUAUUCCGGUUUCGAGCAAUUUAUCACGUGGAAACCCGAGUUACGCUGUCCCGGAUGCCAUCGGAAAUUCACCCAUCCAGCUCACAGAAAGUCCGAAACCCCGAAUUACGCGCCAUAUUUGCUCAAAUGCGGCCAUUCGCUGUGCCUGGCGUGCAUCAAAAAUGGCUUUUUUCGCUGCAAACUCGAAUGUGCGGUGUGUCCGCGUCAUUUUGCGAUCGCAGCUCCGCACAAUUCCUACAUUCGUGACAUAAUUCCGAUGAAUUAUUUUCUUCAAGGCGUUCUGCAGAAGCAAAGUUUGGACUUUCAUCGGUAUCAAGAGUUCCUGCUGCAGGAGAAAAAUGGCGCCAAAGACUCGCAAAAUCGCUGUAAUGAGUGUAAAGUGGCUCCAACGACGCUCGUUUGCCAAACUUGUUGUUUGUUUUUUUGCAAGCCGUGCUUCAACAAGUUACACAUGAUGACUGUGAGCUUUGCGAACCAUCAAUUGCAAGAAAUUGAAUCGCUUGAUGAAAAACUUGUCGAAAUGAUCAAUUUGAGUUGCAAUUUGCAUCCUGCAGUGAAAAGUUACUAUUGUGAGGACUGUAAUUUGCUGAUUUGCUCGAUGUGUUUUACCACAAGUAAGCACAAAAGUCACAAAUGUGAGCCCAUGGACGAGAAUUUCGAGGAAAAUAGGCGGGAAAUGCAAGAUUUGAUGAUUUCGCUGAAACGCGCGAAGAAACUCGGCGAGGAAAUGAUCAAGAAAAUUGAAACUGCCAACGAAACCAAUGAAAAAUUCGUUAAUGACACAAAAAUUCAAAUCCACGAACACUUCAACUACCUCCAUGGCAAACUUCAAAUUGAAGAAGACGAAUUAAUGCAACAAUUGGACACGAUGAAAACCAAAGCUGAGACCAAAACGGGCGAAGUUAAGACCGUUUUCGACAAAAUCAUGAAAGAAAUCAACAAGAAAAUGCAGGAUUUGGCCUCUUUCAGUCCCAGCAAGGAAAGUUAUUGGAAGGUAGCGUUACAUGUGAACCUCAGCGAAUGCAAGAAACUUCUUUCAAAGGUGCCUGAAGAGAUUUCUUUUGAUUUUGACAAAAAUCCAUACACAUUCAUCAAAAAUGACAAUCACAAGCCCUCCGAACUUCAAUUUUGUGACACUUUUGGUCGUUUCGAGAUCAAAUCUUACCUCAACCAGCAAUCCUCACGUCGUUCAUCCAUCGAAGGUCCCACUCCCGUUACUCAAAGUGCGUCGUACAAGCUCCCACGAUUGCCGCAUAACCUCAUGAGUCGUCAACUUUCAUCGAUUUUAGCCAGAAAAUCAUCAAGUUCUUCGAUUUUAUCGUUCCAAGAAGUCUCCUCCGACUACAAACUCGUGAAAUUAGUGAAUUUUAUAUCGCUUGAACAAAUGUACGUCAUUCCGAUGGAGAAAUUUCGCAUAUGGACUGAGCUCACGAACGAUUUGAAAAGAGCGGGAAGCAAACAACGUGCCACAGAAAUCGAAAUUAACGGUCUUUACCUCGUAAAAUCCAAUCGAGAAUGGCACAGAGGUCGCGUUUUGUCGACAGAGCAAGAAAAUCAAGUCUCCGUUUAUCUCGUGGACAUUGGAGAAACCGUCAAAUGUCGUCCAAAAGAGGUUUAUGUGAUACCGGAAGCUUUUUCAGACAAUUCUGACUUCUUGAUGCGAGUUGCAAUGAUGGGAAUCGGUCCAAUGGAUAAUUUUACUGAGUUGGAAUUGUUCAUCGAUAUCGUUCUCAUGAAUCACGAAGCAAUGAUGUACAUUUUUUACGAGGAAAAUGGAACAACUUACGUGGAUUUCAUCCCGAAACAUGAACCGUGCUCCAUUCGCAGUACCUUGGUGAGAUUUGGAUAUGCGGAGAAGCUGGAAGUUAAGAAAAGAUCGUCAACAACAAUCACGAGUGUUACUAAAAAGGUUGAAAAACAGUUGGAAAUGAUGCGUAAAGAUGCUUUGUCGUUCGUUAAGAUGAUACCACGUGAUGAUGUCUUUAAUGCAAAGAUCAUGAAUGUUGUGUCGCCGUUCGAGAUUUACUUGAUAGACUACGCAUCUUACCCUGAACUCCGUGACCUCGAGCAAGACAUGGCAAACUUUUACAAAGUCGACAAUUUCAACUUUUUCAUUCCUUGGAUGGGUCGUUGUUGCGCCGUUUUCUACAAAGACACGUAUCGCCGCGGAAAAGUCAUCAAAGACUUGACCAACGGCAAAUUCGAAGUAUUUCUCGUGGAUUACGGCAUAAAAAUCCAAACAAACUUCCAAAGCAUGAAGCACUUGACUGAAGAAUUCUACAAACGUCCCGUUUCUUAUUGCUGCGCCUUGAAAGACGUUCGUCCCAUCAACGAUGAAGUCAAAUGGAGCAACAGUUCUUGCAAUUUGCUUAAAACUCUACUCGGACAUUCAGUUGGCAAAUACGAAGUGACGAUCCAUUCACGUUUAAAGGACAAAUUUGAAGUCACAAUCCGGCGACUUGUGGGCGGCAUCGACGGAAAUACCAUUUAUUGCGUAAACACGCAACUCGUAACUGGCGAAGCGGCGAUUUCGUGCGGGCCCGAAAGUCAAAUUGAGACAAAAACGGAGAUUACGGAUGAUGUUGUGUCGAAUUUUGAUGCCAUGUCAGAGUCUAAAGAGCAAAAACGUCACAAAACGUACGGGGAUUUUUGUGUUGUGACUUUUGUGAAGAGCCCGAGCGAGUUUUACAUCCGUUUGGAGAAGGAAAGACACAAUUUGAAAGACUUGGAGAUGAAAAUUCAAGAGUUGAUGGACCUCGAGGACUGUCAAAUUGUGCGCGGAAUGGAUUGUGUGCCUCUUUUGAAUGAAGGUUAUUGCUUGGUUCGUGCCUCAAUCGCGAAUUAUUCACGUUUUUGGAUGCGCGGUGUCAUUAAAAAUGUCUCCGAUGACAAAUUUUCCGUUUUUUUGCGGGAUCAUGGAGUCACAGUUGAUGUCACAGCCGACGAAUUGGCUCAAAUUCCGCAUGAAAUCCAAAUGUACGAAGAUGCGGCGCAAAAAUGUCGUCUCGCAGGCUUGAAACCUGUCGCUGGAUUACCGAGUUGGACUCAAACUGGCAUCGAAUUGUUCAAAAAUAUGGUUUGCAAGUUCGAUCGAGUCUGUGUGAAGAUGCAAGGUGAGCCCAAAGAUGACGACGAUGCUUUCCCGGUUGUCUUGUACGGCGUCAAAGUUGUCAGUGAUGAUGCCCUGGCGCCCGAAAAGCACAUUUGGACCCAAAUUAACGAGAAUAUGGUGAAAAAUGGCGUUGCCCAUUGCGUAAAUUUUGCUCAUACAAUCGACUCGGACCUCGAUGAGACCUCAGAAGCCCGAAAAAUUCAUCAAGAAAUGUUCAAAGAUGUCAUCGUCGACGUAACUGCUCAAAAAUCUGAUCUCCAUGAUGCUAUUCCGACUUCUUCGAUCUACAUCGAGACAGAACCCAAACAAAUCGAUCAUUGGGAACCAGCACGAGAGCUUCGCAAAUCCCUGUUCUCGUGCACGCCAACUUAUGUCGAUGCGGAUUUGAACAUUUACAUCCAAGAUAAUGAAUUUAAGAACGAUAUUGCCGCCAUGAAAGCUGAAAUUAACAGAGUUGUUCGCGAAAUUGGCGAAGAAAAUUUUAAACGGUUGCCGUGUGAUGUCAAUGGAUUGCCGUGUCUCGUAAAAUAUCACGUCGAUAAGAUGUUUUAUCGCGGAAAGAUUUUGAAACGCGACACGAGAACCGAUACGUACGAAGUUGAAUUCGUAGAUUAUGGAAAUAAGGAGGUUGAAAUUCUCGAAAGUGAGAUUUGUAUUGAUGUUGUAGCGUACAAUUUGCCCAUUUAUGUGCACAAAGUGAAGUUAUAUGGAAUCAUUCCAAAGGAAAACUCUUGGAGCACCGAAGCCUGUGAUAGAGUCCAUUAUCUGGUUGUCGACAAAGCUUGUAACAUCGCCAUCGAAAAUCAGGAAGACAGUAACGGAAAUAUAAUCGAACCCGACGAUUUCAAAUGGUGUCGCAUCCAAACGUACCUCGAUAACGUCAACAUCGCCAACUAUUUAGUCGAAAACAAUUAUGCCGUGCGUUCAACUGCCUUCAUUGAUCCUCACGUCAAAGUUGACCCAUAUUACGAACCAAUCGAGUUGAAUUUGUACAACAACUCCGUGAACGACUCAAAAAUUUCAAUUGACGCAAACGGCGUUCAAAUAAUCGAAGAAUUUGUGCCAACUGACGGCUUGGAUAUCAGUCGUUUCGAACAUUUAUCCGUCGAAUCUUUCAAUCCGCAAGAGACUUCGAGUCGUUUUGACCCGUUUGAACCACGUUCGCCAUCUGCGAUGAUUCCCGCUACGAAAAAUGAGAUUCGUAGCUUUCCCCCGUUCGAUCGCACGCACUUGCCCGACAAAUUUUACGGCAUCGUACUGCAAAUAACGGGUCCGCGCACGCUGGAAAUUCAACCGAGCAUCAAUUCAAGUCGGAAUUAUCGGGCGAUUUCACGUGCUUUGGAAUCAAUUACGCUCCGGAAGCCACUGAAAACGAUUUUUUUAAGAGCGCCGUGUCUCGCCACGUGUCAAGCACGUCAAACUUCGGGCCGUGCGAUCAUCAGUGAAGUCAAUGAAUACGAAAAAACAGCGGAAAUUCACUUUAUUGACUUUUUAAAGACUGAAACACUUCCGUUUGAGAAGCUUUUUGAAUGCCCGGAGGAAUUGCAGCGCAUUCCCGUGCUCUGGGUGAGUGCAGAAAUCUCGAAUUUGAAGCCAAAUCGCCAUAUGCGCCCCAAAGAUUUGAUGAAAAAGAUGAGCGAGACCCUCACAGAGCGUUAUGUGUACUGUGUCGUCAAGCGGAUCAACACUGUGGACCCCAAUGAACCGAUAGAAAUGGAAAUUUACGACUCGGAGAAGAGCGAUAGACUUGCUUACGAGUCGCUGAUCAACGAAAAAUACUUUAUGCUCAAAUCUCAUGACAAUUACUGAUUUUUUUUACGUCUUAAUGUGAAUUUUUGAUAUUAAAAUGACAAAAAAUUAAAUUUUUAAUUUUUUUUUUAUUAAAUUUGAGGCAAUUA